UAUAACUAGUGUGACGCCCCAUUAAUUAAACACCUUAUACCACGCCUACUUUACAAUGGCUACCAAUGGUUACGCGUCUCUUCUGAGAGAUAUUAAAAUAGAAGGCAGCUCGUACAAAUAUUAUUCACUCAGAGAUCUCGGGAAAGAAUACGAUUCUUUACCUUUUUCUAUACGUGUUCUGCUUGAGUCUGCUGUAAGAAAUUGCGAUGGUUUUCAAAUCAAAAAACGUGACGUAGACAACAUCCUCAACUGGAGCCAGAACCAAGGGAACUCAGUGGAAAUACCCUUUAAGCCGUCAAGGGUUUUACUCCAAGACUUUACUGGUGUUCCAGCUAUUGUUGAUUUUGCUGCCAUGAGAGAUGCCAUGAACAAACUUGGUGAUGAUCCUUCUAAAAUUAAUCCGGUUUGUCCAGUUGAUCUUGUCAUUGAUCACAGUGUCCAGGUUGAUUUUCAUCGAACUCAUGACGCAUUAGAGAAGAACCAACUGAGAGAGUUUGAAAGGAACAAGGAGAGGUUCCAAUUCUUGAAGUGGGGAGCCAAGGCCUUCUCUAAUAUGUUAAUAGUGCCACCUGGUUCUGGAAUUGUCCAUCAGGUCAACCUUGAGUUUCUUGGUCGUGUUGUGUUUGAGAAUAAAGGAUACCUCUAUCCAGACACAGUGGUUGGGACUGACUCACACACGACUAUGAUAAAUGGAUUAGGAAUUGUUGGAUGGGGUGUGGGAGGGAUAGAGGCAGAAGCUGUUAUGUUGGACCAGUCCAUAUCAAUGGUGCUUCCUAAAGUUGUUGGAUACAAGUUAAUUGGAGAGAUUGAUCCAAUGGCUACAUCUACCGACGUUGUAUUAACCAUAACUAAAAAUUUGCGUCAAAUUGGUGUCGUGGGUUGCUUUGUAGAGUUUUUUGGUCCUGGAGUAAGCCAGCUGUCUAUAUCAGACAGAGCAACCAUCAGUAACAUGUGUCCUGAGUACGGUGCUACGAUAGGGUUCUUCCCAGUCGAUGAGAUGAGCAUGAAGUACCUGCAGCAGUCGGCCAGGGACCCCCACAGGGUCUCGUGUGCUAGAGAGUAUCUGAAGGCAGUUGGUAUGUUCCGGGACUACAGCGACUCUAAUCAGGACCCUGUCUUCUCUGAGGUGGUUGAGUUAGACUUAUCCCAGGUGGUUCCAUCAGUUAGUGGUCCAAAGCGUCCUCAUGACAGAGUUUCAGUUUCUGAUAUGAGUAGAGACUUUGCAGAAUGUCUGACAAACAAGGUUGGUUUUAAAGGGUUUGGUAUUCCAGAAGACAAGCUCAACACAAAGAUAGAGUUCACAUACGAAGGAAAGGAGUAUAAGAUAGGACAUGGCUCUGUUGUCAUAUCAGCCAUUACCAGCUGUACUAAUACCAGUAAUCCCUCCGUAAUGUUAGGAGCUGGCCUCCUAGCUAAGAGAGCAGUUGAGAAAGGACUGACUGUUAGUCCCUUCAUAAAGACAAGUCUAUCACCUGGCAGUGGUGUAGUUACUUAUUAUCUUAAAGAGUCUGGGGUCAUACCAUAUCUAGAGAAACUGGGGUUUGGUAUAGUUGGCUAUGGUUGCAUGACUUGUAUUGGCAAUAGUGGGCCAUUACCAGAGCCAGUGGUGGAUGCAAUUGAACAGGGUGAACUGGUGGCUUGUGGUGUUCUCUCUGGCAAUCGUAACUUUGAGGGACGUAUCAAUCCUCAUACAGCUGCUAACUACCUUGCCUCCCCUCUCCUGUGUAUUGCAUAUGCCAUUGCUGGGACUGUACUCAUUGAUUUUGAGAAAGAGCCAUUAGGUAAGGAUCCUUCCGGACAGCCUGUGUUUCUCCGUGACAUUUGGCCUCUAAGAGCCGAUAUUCAAAAAGUUGAAGUAGAGUAUGUCCGGCCUGCAAUGUUCACUGAAGUAUAUUCUAAAAUAACUGUGGGUAAUUCCCGUUGGAAUGCUCUGGAGGCUCCUCAGUCAAUCCUUUAUCCUUGGGACACCAGCAGCACCUACAUUAAGCAUCCUCCUUUCCUUGAAAAUAUGACAGUAGAUAUUCCUCCUGUUCCUACUAUUGAAGAAGCCUAUCCACUCCUUAAUCUAGGGGACAGUGUCACCACUGAUCACAUCAGUCCUGCUGGGAGCAUUGCCAGGAAUUCACCAGCUGCUAGAUACCUGAGCAGCAAAGGACUCACACCUCGCGAGUUCAACUCUUACGGCUCAAGAAGAGGGAAUGAUGAUGUUAUGGCCAGAGGCACUUUUGCUAACAUUCGUCUCCUGAACAAGUUUAUAGGCAAAGCUGGACCAAAGACUAUACACUUACCAUCAGAAGAACAAAUGGAUGUGUUUGAUGCUGCAAUGAGAUACAAGAAAGAAGGAAGGGACUUGAUAAUACUGGCUGGUAAGGACUAUGGAAGUGGAUCUUCAAGGGAUUGGGCUGCUAAAGGACCUUGGAUGCUGGGAGUAAAAGCUGUUAUAGCAGAAAGCUAUGAAAGGAUACACAGGAGCAAUCUGGUUGGAAUGGGUGUCAUACCACUGCAGUACUUGCCUGGAGAGACUGCUGAUACUCUUGGUCUGACUGGUAAAGAGAAGUACAGCAUUAAAGUGCCUGAAAAUCUGAUGCCCGGUCAAACUAUUAAUGUAGAAGUUUCAAAUGGUAAAGCUUUCAAAGUGAGGGUAAGGUUUGAUACAGACGUGGAGCUGAAUUACUUCAAGCAUGGAGGGAUAUUACAGUUUAUGGUCCACAAGCUAUUGAAGUGAUGCCUCUCUCUCUCAAUUUUAUUAUUCAGUGAUGACUUGUAGCAUUAUUAUUAUUAUCAUUGACAUCAUUAUUUUUACAAUAAGUACAUGCUGGUAUACAGUUGUCUGCUGUGAACUUGUUUGACUGUUACAUGUAUAGAACUAUAGAUUAUGUUUAGUUUUUUCAAUCAUGAUAAUUAACAGGAAGAAA